AACGUACUGUGCCUGCCUGCCCCCCUUGCCCUCCCUCUCCUCUCUCUUUCUCUCUCAUCCGUUCUCUCUCUUCUCUCUCUCAUGUCCUUGUAAAGAAAAGACAGUUUGAUUGCACAGCUAGCCCACCGGCCACCGCUCAUAUCAUCCGCUUCCCCUCGCCCCCGCACGGCACAAACAAACAAGCCCGGCCGGAUCGAGCGAAUUCAGCCGAGCAAGGUAGCCUUGCGAGCAAGAAGCUCUCUCUCAAGACUCGAGCUCUCCUCUCUAACCCUAGAUCAGUUGGCUUUAUUCGGUUCUUCCGAAUUGCCAACCAAGAGCUCACUCUCCUGUAGAGCGGCUCCGGGAGAAGAUCAGUAGCUAGCAAAGCAAGGUUACGGAGGUAGCCAUGUGCGACUACUUCUUGCAAAGGAUGGAGGGCGACCACCGCCAGGCCAGCGGAGACCUCACCGACGUCGUCCGAGCCGGCGGCGCGAUGCAGGCUGGUGUCGCGGACCUCUCCUCCGCUGCCACAGCGGGGUGGCAGCUCCCGGCGGCCGAGCCAGGAGCCGGCCUCUUCCCGCCACCCCAGCCGUCGCCGUCCGAUGGCGCCGGCCCGAGCGAUGACGGCUUCGGGGACGCGUUCGCCGGCCUCUCGGACGCCUUCGGCACCGGCGGCAACUUCCGCGCCUGCUCCUCCGGCGGCGCUGCCGACUUCUUCGACUUCGAGGCGCCUGUCGGUGGCAGAGGAGGCGGAGGCGCACUGGUGGAUACCGGCGGGGGCGGAGUGGUGGCGAGGGGGAUGCAGAUGGCGCCGGCGCUGUCGCCGAGAGAGAUACGGCCGUACCCAGUGAUGAUGGCGGGCGGUGACGCCGUGAAGCUCGGCGUGCCGACGAUGAUGCCCGGCCUGGCGGUUGGGCCGCCGUGCGCGUUCGACGCCGUCGCAGGGAUGCAGAUGCCGUCGCCGCACGGCGGCGGGAUCAAGCGCAGGAAAAACCAGGCAAGGAAGGUUGUCUGCAUCCCAGCACCUGCAGCAUCAGCAGGAGGGAGGACCACUGGAGAGGUUGUUCCUUCUGAUCUCUGGGCUUGGAGGAAGUAUGGACAGAAGCCCAUCAAAGGAUCACCUUACCCGAGAGGGUACUACAGAUGCAGCAGCUCGAAAGGAUGCCCCGCGCGGAAGCAGGUGGAGCGCAGCCGGACAGAUCCAACCUUGCUCGUCAUCACCUACAACUCGGAGCACAACCACCCGUGGCCGACGCAGCGCAACGCGCUCGCCGGCUCAACGCGGUCUCACCACGCCAAGAACAGCAAGAGCAAUUCCUCGCACAACCUGCAGAAGCCCAUCGUUAAGGCGGAGCCGGAUCAAACCGCGACGGCCGCCAGCGCAACCACGGCGACCGCAGCCACCAGCACCACCACCACAGCGACCACAAGCACUGCCAGUAACAGCACUCCGACGACGACGACGAUGGCUGUGAAGGAGGAGGCCAUGGUCGGGUCAGAAAUGGAGAAGGGCACCAUAGACCAUGGCACUUCUGUGGCGCUGGAUCACGGUGAUCUCAUGCAACAGAUGUUCAGCCAGAGCUACAGGCCGAUGAUACCGGAGGGCGGCCACCACGUCGACGACUUCUUCGCCGACCUCGCCGAGUUGGAGUCAGAUCCCAUGAGCCUGAUCUUCCCAUGUGGUGAUCCGGGCAGGGAGAAGGCAACAACACCCAAAGGCUUGGGCGCCGAUCCAUUGUUCAACAUGCUGGAUUGGGGUACCAUGGCCACCAAUGUUGUUGCUACUUCUGCAGGGAGCUCAUUUGAGCAAGGGGAGAGUGGCCUACUAUGACAUUGUUUAGCUUGGAAUUGAAAGAGCAAGCAUAUAUGCACACACCACAUUUGAUGAUCUCUAGGAUAAUAAACAUUGCAUUAAGAUGGCAAGAGGUAGAAAAGGAAAAGAUGAGAGAUUUUUUAUUUCUCUGUCCCCCUCUUUUAGUAAUGUUUCUUCAUUUAUUUGUUCUGAUUGAGAUGUGCUUCAGAUCAUGUGUAAACAUUCUGUCUGCUCUUGUUAGGAGGUUGGUGAGUAUAAUAUGGACGAAUUGCACUCUCGCACA